GAUGACGCUGCGCUUAGUCAGCAUAUUCGCCGCGGCAUUAUUCCUCCUAUUUUGGCCGGCACAGCUGGAUGCAUUUAUCACGUCGAACACAGGCUGUCACCACAAUGGCACUUGGUUCGCUGACAAGUCGGUGGUGCCCAGCAUGGAGAAGUGUCUCAACUGUCAGUGCAACCGAAAGACUCUUGUGUGCCGCCUAAAAGUGUGCCCCGAGAUGCCCAUGCCUCCACCUAGGGGAUGUGUGGUGGUCCAAAAAAAGAGCACCUGCUGUCCAUAUCUGUCCUGCGCUCGCUUAGAUGCCUUUUAUAAGAUCCCCACCAAGCGACGCAUCAUUGCCUACUUGGAUCACUAUGAGCGGGAGUCCAUAGAUCGCGUGGUCAACGAUAAUAUGUUGCAGAGGCGUUCGGAUGACUCCGACACCGAUCUGUUUGUUUGUGUGAAGAAUGGAACUGUCUACAAGUCGGGCUCAGCCAUGUCGUCCUCCAAUUUGUGCAGUUACUGUUACUGCAUAGGCGGUACCGAGAAAUGCGUAAAGCCCAAAUGCAUGCUACCUGUAGAGGGCUGCAAGCCAAUCUUUGUAGACUCCACCUGCUGCCCGGUUCGCUAUGAUUGCAGCAGCAAGACUUCAGGCAAAUCCUCGCAGGAGGUGCGCUACAGAAAGACCUCGAACAAGCAUUUCCAGCGCAUGUCGCAGCGUUUGCAGCGCAAUCGAGGCUGCACUGUGGGCACCCAGUUCUACGCUGAGGGUCAGAAGAUGCGCUCAGAUGUGGACAGACCUUGUGACAUCUGCUUCUGUAUCCGUGGAACGCGUCGCUGCGCCCCCAAGAAGUGCUCGCCGGCGCUGAAGAACUGUAUUCCGGUGGUCCCCAAGGGUCAGUGCUGUCCCUCGAGUUACGACUGCGGCAGUCAGAGGGACUAUCGCAGAUCGCACAAUUCCCGGCAGUUUAACCUGUACAACAUGCUUUUUGGCAAAGACGAACCGGAAGUCCAGGAGACGGGCAUUAUACCCCAAAACUCCAUGGCCGAAAGGUAUCCGCACGAUCGCCAUCCUACCAGAGCUCCGCAGGGCAAUCCCUUGGAGGCCAGCAGUGAGAAGAGCAUUUUAGACACACUGCGCGAAGGCCUUGAGUUCAUUGAUGGAAAUAACAAUAAGAUGCUGGCCAACAAUCUGGAUCUAGUGGGAAUUAGGACCACACAAGCCCCUCCUCUAAUGAGAACCGAACCCAAUGAGGAGGGUACCAGCAGCACCACAGCCCUCAGCUUUCUGGAUCUCCUCUUAGGUCCCAGCACGGAAAAUGUGGUGCUGCCAGAAGAGGUUAGGCAGCCGGAGUCCACGACGGUUAAGAACACCCUCUCCUGGAUGGAUAUACUCCUGGGACCAGAUGACGAGGAAAUGAAUCCCGCUACCGAGGCCUACACAGAACCCAGCUCUACGCAUAAUCAAUCCGAGGAAGUAAAGACCUCAACGAAUAGUAUAAAGAGGAUAGCGGAGGACUUUGAAGAGCAGUUUGAUAAUGGAGAAAUGGCAGCAGGUGAACUUCCAGCAGAGGCUCAGCAAAUAAGCAUGGCCAACUCCGGAAUUUGGCCGAAACCAGUUACCGAAGCUGUACUUCCUCCAGCGAAAGAAGAGCCAAGUCUAUUCAAUGCCCUGAUAGAUGGACUAUCGGGUAUACUUAAAGAGCCUCUUAAUCAGACAUCCACGAGUACUACUAGCACCACCACCUCGACGGAGAAGCCACUGAAGACAAAUGUGUUUGCUCCACCCAUGUUCCGUCCGCUGCCAAGUGGCAAGCCAACUCACACGCGAAUCAACUCGAAGCUGGCUAAUCUCACAGUGACACCGCCAAUGUUGGUGGUGACCAGCAAAUAUGGUCAGCAUCAGCCGGUGACCCACAGAACGGCGGAAAACAGGGUUAAUUUAACUACUACUACAGAAAAGCCCACUAGUACCACUCAGCGAAUAUCGAUGGAAACUACGACGAUGAAAACCACACCAAAGCCUUCUUCUACGGCAAAACCCAAGCUAAAAACCACUAGGAAAACUAUAACGACGCCAAAACCCACAACUUCACAACCGACAACUCAAAAACCCACUACUCUAAGGCCCACAACUAAGAAACCAGUAACUACAAAGCCUACAACUCAGAAACCAAAAACACCAAGACCUUUAACAACAACUACGCCACCAAAAACCACAUCGCCAACGCUUUCAACAACUCCUUCACCAACUUCAUCAACAACUCCGUCAACACCCUCAUCGACAACCCAUUCAACAACCUCUUCAACAAUCUCAACAACACCCAAGCCAAUUUCAACACCGCAACCUACAAUUCGAACCACUGGCAAACCGAAAUUCAAACCCAAGAUCAAACCCUAUACUACAAGCACUCCCAAACCCUUGGUUAUAAAAACGAACCCCAGUAUUUUGGAAGCCGAACCCCUAGAGGACUCCAGUGGCGGAGAACCCACAUUGCCACCGAGUCUACCGAAUCUAAAGAUAAUACCCUUUCUGCCAACCGAUGCCGUGGAAACUGUUCCCAAGGACAGCUAUCCCAGUAACUUUUAUCAGCAGAAGGUAGCCUCUGAUAAAAUGGAUGUGGUUGGGUACGAUACCAUGGAUGAUUCGGUGGCUUUAUACACACAAUCUCAGCCUGAUCAGGCUGCCUACAAGUACAAGUUCAAUGUUGAAGUUCCGGCCGUGCAGCCCGCUCCCGAGCCAGUGGUUCAUCUCGGUGGGAAAUACGAGGGCAGUGCCGCUUACGUAAAGUUCGAUUUUGAAAGACCGGUGGUGCCGCCUCAACACAAUGGAUUUUCGCCGCCCACCGAAACGGAGGGUGGAUUUAUGCCCAAGGAACCUCUGGUCAUCGAUGGGGAAGUUCUCCAGGAACAUGUCACCUCAAGUGGAAUCAAUGGUCCAUUGGAUAGCUUCCAUGUCACGCAGCACAUAAUCGAUAUUACAACAUCGGGGACGCAAGAUAACGAUACUGCUUCAAUAGAAAUCACCACACCCGAUCCUUUUAAGGAUGUCAUCCACACAGAGCCGUCGCCCAAUCUCGAUGAAUUAAUCGUUGACAAAGCGAACAAGCAACCGGCGAUUGAAGAGCAUAUUGAAACUGUCACUUUCAGUGUUAGCAACUCCACAUCCACUUCAUCCUCCUCUACAUCCUUUAGCUCCCCAACCAGCAUCAGCACCGCAGCAACAACGACAACAUCAACGGAAAAGGAAACCCCAUUGAUAGAUAAAUAUGAAAUCAAUAAAUUAGAUAAGCUCUUGGAUGAGCUGCUCGGAUUGAAGUUGCCCCAAGGAGAUGUGGUGAGCAGCACAGUGCCGCCAUUUAAGCAAAUGCCAAAGGCAACGGCAGCAACAGCAACGGCAGCAACACCAACAUCCACAACUUCUGUGACUGGCACACCAGCAACAGCAAUAGCAGGAGCAGCAACGGCAACCGCAGGUCGGCCAACGGGGACAACACGUGCUCCGGGCUUAAAAAAGGGCGGCAAUAAAACGAAAAACAAACAGACCGCUGGCAAUAGACGCAAGGUCCAGAGUGCCACGCGUCGCCAGAGCACUCCAGCACCCACCAGAGCCCCGCCGGCAACAGCCAGGACUCCCUCUACUCCUCCUCCUCUUCCAACUGCCCCGGCACCGGCCACAUCAACCACAACAGCAACGAGAAGCACUACUCUGCAUCCAUUUUUGAACUCGCCAUUCGACAAAUUGCCCUUCAUGGAUGCCAGCUACGAGGUGAGACCGCACAGAUUGCCGCCGAUGGGGCAGGAGCAGCAGUUGCAGUCGCAUGAGCAGCCAACGCAGCAAUUCCACCAUUACCAGCAUGCAACGAGACCGCCGACAACUGCUGCUCCGCCGGCUAAAUCCGCGGAAGAGGAGGCGCCGCUUUCAGAGCGGAUGGGUGCACCGGGAUUCCCGGCUAUGGACGGGGGGGAUCCCCUGGGUCAGCUGAAAUUGGCCGGAUGCAACAUUUACGGACGCAUGUACCGCGUGGGUCGGAUUAUCGUGGAAUUAUCCAGCCAGUGCCUGGAAUGCAAAUGCACCGAGGUGGGCGUCAAGUGCGGCCCAUUAGACUGUUAAUUUAGACAUUUCCCCUCAAAUAAUCGAAAUCAUCCCCCCAAUGAGAGUGUGUGUAUAGGGUUAAGUGUCAGCUCUUAAUGGUAGUUUGUAGUCCGUACGCUAAUCCGUAGUUGUAACUAACUAAGGGGUAGAGAUUAGGCCUGCCUUAGACAGUAAGUUGUAUUAUAGAAAUAUUUACAAUGAUUCGAUUGAAAUCUUAAUAUUAAACAAACUUAACUCGGCAUUUAUAUACUAACUAAGCU